GUUUUUUUCUACAAAGAUACAGGACAAGUUAUAUAAGAGGAUUUUUUAAAAUACAAAAUAAAACAUUUGUCUUUAUUUUAACAUGUAUUUUCAGAAUUUAAAUUCAAAACAUAUAAAUCAACAUACUAAAUUAAAGUUAAAUCCUGUUAAAAAAGUUGACAAAUCAUUUCAUAAAGUAAUUGCUUUUUCAACAGCGGAAUCUUAUGAUUUUUUACACUUGAAAUCUAUUUUGCCAGAAAACUCUGUUUAUUUGCCAAGAAAUAGGGUUUUUUAUAUUGAAAAGUUUUCUAUUGAUAUUGAUUUGCGUGAUAUAUUUAUAUUUUCUUCUGGUUCUUUUGUUAUAUGGGGAUCUUCUGUAGAAAAUUGUGAAUAUUUCUUAAAUACAGUAAUACGUGGCAAAUUAUCUGGAAUUGAGAUAACUCCUUAUAAAAAAUACAAGAAGGAAGUCUUUUAUUAUGAAAAGAAUAAAAAUGUAAAAACUGAUAUUUUUGUUCAAAAAGAUCUUAUUACUAUUGGAAAUGACUUUUAUCAUGACAAAAUAUUAGAUUUUGACAACAUUCCUUCUGAUAGUGUAAUAAUGGCACAACUAUCUUUUUCAGAAAGUAUGGCUAGAUCUAGUAAAUUAUCUGUUUUAGAAGAUGAACUUGAAAAUUAUUUAAAUCAGGUUAAAACUAUCCCUGAUUCAUUGUCAUUAGGCAAAGUUCCUCUUAGUAGAUCAGAAAUCAUUAAGAAAACGGGUACUCUUCUUAGAUUUCGUUCAUAUUUUAACCUUCAUCCUGAAAAUUUUCUUGAUCUUCCUGAGUUUUAUUGGGAAAAUGUAAAAUUAGAAGAAUGUUAUUUGAAAGCAAAUGAGGCUUUGGAUAUGAAUUUGAGAUUAGAUAUUGUUAAUACAAAACUUAAUUAUGCAACCGAAUUACAAUUUACUCUUAGACAAGUAUUAAGUGAAAAUACGACACAUCGUCUUGAAUUAAUUAUAAUAUGGUUAAUCUUUAUUGAAACUGUAUUUGCAAUUGGUGGUUAUUUUGAUACUAAUCAUAAAAAUAAGAAAUAA